CUGACCUGCCUGUUGGUAGGAUAGAGGAAAAGGAGCUGGGGCACGGAUGCUUGAGGUGUUUUAGAAGUUUAAAGGGAAACUCACUUGGAUGUAGAGCGCAGCUUAGUGUUUAUUUUGGGGAGAUAAAAGUCAUCCACAUCAGAAUUGAGGCAACCUCAAAAGUUGAGGGUGAAAAGAACAAGAACAUGCCGCAUAUGAAGUACAGCCAGGCACGCCCUUAAAAUGAUAUAUUAGUACAGCAUGAGAAUUAGAAGAAGGGGAUGAUGACUUGAGACGGUCGGGGAAGUUACGAUAGCAGAUAAAGUGGACCGCAUCAGACUACGUGAGGAGGCCAAAUGGCGUCUCAGGCAUUCGGUGUUGACUCUUUCCCGCCUCUGGCAGGAGACUCUCCUCUGCCAAUUUUCAUGCACCACAGCUCUGCCAGUGACUGCCUGCCAAGCACCUCCCACGGCCACAGCAUGGUCUCUGCAGUGUCAUCCGGGCUGUCCCUGGGUCAGCCCUCCAAGCGUUCCCAAAUGCAACUAUCCACCACCUCCCUGGGAAACCCUCUUGGCAACAGCCCCCCCAGCCUCCACUACCCUGUCACCCCGUGUCACUACAGCAACCAGCAGGCUACCUAUGGCAUUAUGGCAGCUCAGGAGAUGCUCUCUGCAAGUAUUUCUCAGACUUGUAUCCUGCAAACAUGUGGCGUCCCUCCACCUAACAUGGUGAGCGCUGCAAACCCGCUGCAAGGUUCACUGACUCCAUGCCUGUACAAGUUUCCAGAUCCCGGUCUGAGCAGCAGCUCGUGUGCAUUAAGUCACGGUUUCUCCUCACUGCCCUCGGCCCUCCUGAUAACUGACGAGGCCCCAGGAGGCCCCUCUGUGGGUGAGAUGAAAGUCAACAUCCAGAGGAAGAGCAUCCGUGAGCUGGAGGACACCCCCGCUAUGGACUCCCCGCAGAUUCAAGAGCUGGAGAUGUUUGCUAAUGACUUCAAGAUAAGGAGGAUCAAACUUGGCUACACUCAGACCAACGUGGGUGAGGCCCUCGCCGCCGUGCACGGGUCAGAGUUCAGUCAGACCACCAUCUGCCGCUUUGAGAAUCUACAGCUGAGCUUCAAGAACGCCUGCAAACUGAAGGCCAUUCUGGCCAAGUGGUUGGACGAAGCUGAGCUCGCUCGAGCUCUGAACAGUGAUAAAAUUGGAAUAAAUGAGCGGAAGAGGAAAAGAAGAACAACUAUCAGCCUGGGAGCUAAGGAGGCUCUUGAGCACAGCUUUGUAGAAAAAAGUAAGCCAUCUUCCCAGGAAAUAGCCCGGAUAGCCAAAGGGCUCCACCUGGAGAAGGAGGUGAUCCGGGUGUGGUUCUGUAACAGGCGCCAGAGGGAGAAACGGGUCAAAACCAGCCUCAGCUCCUGCUUGGCCAAAUUAAGUCCAAACUGCAUAGCCCAGAUGAGUAAAACACACCAGCCACUGAUAUAAAUAAUGGAUAAAUUCCUGAUAUGUCAGUUUUAGUUUGCCAGUCAGUAGGACAAAAAGAGUCAGUUGAAAUUUGAAAACAGGAAAUAAAAAAAAUUAAUAAAAAAAAGAUUGAGGUAGUUAGAUAAGCACUUUUCUUUUUAGUUAGCAAAGGUCAUUGUUGUAGCAUGAAUGAAAAUACAUAUAUUUUGGUUAAAUGUCUAAUUUGCAGGAAUAUUUGCUUUUGGAAUAUGGUGAAUUGUCAGCUAAAGUUGAAGUUUUUUUUAAAUACUAAAUUUGUAUGUUUUCAUUUAUAAUUCACAAGUUGUUGAUGUAUUUAUAUAUUUGUCAGUAGAGAUGCAGUUCUUAUUUCACUAAUUAGAAUUAUGAUGUUGUACCAGAUAAAAUAGCUGAACUCUGGCAACAAAUUAUUUAUUCAGAUUUAAUAUAUUAUAUGCCAAAUUCCUGGGUUUUUAAUUAUAGUUUGAGCACAAACAUUCUUGUUUAAUAUAUUUUGGGUUGUUGUGAUAUAACAACUCCACAGGUGCCUGCAGUGUAAGCUUGUGAGUUGAUACAAGGUAUUACCGAGAGAAAUUAGCUUCAGUGUCAUACUGGUGAAAGCAUCAGUUGUGAUUCAUAAGUCCAACCAGAGGACAGGCACCAAACUGGCAGUAAUUUAUUUUUAACUGCAGUUAAGUCACAUCUUUCAACACGUUUAUUUUGUAAAGGAUAAAAAAAAAUGUUGGUAGAAACUUGCAGCUGUCUUUAAAAUGCCUUGAGUUUUAUAUCCUUACUAUUGCUACUUUUCUAGUUCAUUUCUCCAAAGAGACCGAAUAAAAGAAAUCUG